AUGCUAACCGUUCAAUCACUCGGAGCUGUCGCUUUGGCGUAUGUCUUCGUGCUUUCACUCCCCUUGCAAGUCACCGCGAAGGACUACACGGUUAAGGCCGAUGCAUCCACGACACUGGUCGACACUUGGGAAGGUUGGGGCACUUCGCUUUGCUGGUGGGCUAACGCUUUUGGAGAUCGUGAGGACAUUGCCGACCUCCUCUUCACGCAGAAAGACACCGUCACACUGAAGGGCAGGUCAUCUGGUCUUCCGGCUCUUGGUUUCAAUAUCGCCCGCUACAAUGUCGGUGGCUCCAGCAGGAACGUCAUUGACGACGGCGGCACUGAAAUUGCCAUGAAGAACUCACCGAAUAUGCCAGCGUUCAAGUUUAUCGAAUCGUUUUGGCUGGACUGGUCAAGUAAUGAAACAAGUAGCAAGAGCUGGGAUUGGGAUGUCGACGUAAAGCAGCGCAAGAUGCUGGAGUUGGCUACACAGCGUGACGCCACCCUCACUGAGGCGUUUUCCAACUCGCCUCCCUGGUGGAUGAACAGUAACCACGCCACCGCUGGCGGGGAAAGCGGAACAAAGGAUAAUUUACAAACCUGGAAUCGAGGCCAAUUCGCGUUGUACAUGGCUACCGUGGUCAAACACGCAAAGGAGAGCUGGGGUAUCAACUUUACUUACGUCGAACCGUUCAAUGAGCCCAUGAGCUCGUGGUGGCAAUACCCGGGAGGUCAGGAAGGCUGUCACUUUGAUGUAGCCACGCAAAAGGAUGUCUUAGUGAAGUUACGAACAAAGUUGGACCACUUUGGGCUGCAAGAUGUAGCUAUUUCUUCGUCCGAUGAAAACUCCAACACGCAGACCCUCGCCACACUCACUGAUAUGUCCAAGGAUGCCGAUGUGAUGGCCACUAUCGGGAAAAUCAACACCCACGGCUACGGCAACCGUGCAUCGGACCGAGCUCCGUUGAAGGAGCUGGUGAAGAAGGUGAAGAAGAAAUUCUGGGACUCCGAGUACGGCGAAAAGGAUGCGACGGGACUCAGCUUGGCACAGGGAGUUGCCAAUAACAUCAAUGAGAUGGGCGUAUCCGCGUUCGUGUACUGGCAGCCAUUUGACGGUGGCGGCUGGGGCCUCAUCAACUCGGCUCCCGGCAACAUGACCAUUGAUACGCCCAACCCAAAGUACUAUGCUCUGGCCCAGUAUUCGCGUCAUAUUCGACCCGGCAUGACCAUCCUGUCGACAGAUGAUUUAAAUACCGUCAUGGCUUAUGACGCAAAGACCAAACUACUAGUGCUUGCCACAGUGAAUGCUGGCAAUGCGGUUUCGAAAGUCACGUAUGACUUGGCAAGCUUCAAGUCAGUGGGAGGACCUGCGUCAGCUUGGACGACGGAGACCAGCGGUAAGGGGGCGCUUUACAAAACAUCAAAGGUGGAGCUCUCUCGUUCGACGUUCAGUGCUUCGAUUCCGGCUGCGUCAGUGACGACAUUCGAGAUUGAGGGAGUUGCCUUGUGA